CACCGUGGUGUCACUCUUCGCUCGCUCUUCAAACACGACCGACGUCUUAAGUUAUUCGUCUCGGGGAUGACUUGAAGCACCCAGCAGCAGCUCAAGACUUAGAGUGUUUCAGUCAGUGUAAUUCAGCGGACUUAUAACUUUCGUCAAGCAGCAGCACCACCAGCAGUAGCGGCAGCAGCAGGAAGAUACAACGAAAAUCUUAACCGUGGAUUAGCGACGAGGAUUAGCCUAAGGAAGUUUUUCUUUUCUGUUAAGUUUCGUAAUUUAAAGUGUUUCAUCGAAUUUAAUUUAUUGAGUGUUUCAACGGAAGAAAAAAAGAAGCUUAAAGCCAAUUGAAUCUUUCUACUGUGUGUGUGCAAUUGUGUGAGCUAAUAAAGCUAAAAAAAAGGCCACCUAAGAAAAAGUUUAAAGGCCAGUGAAAACUCGAAAGAGCUAGCAGCUUCAACCUGGAUUAGCUCGCACAGGAAAAGAGGAAGAAAAGCCGCGCAGGAUGCAACGACCCAAUCCUAAUCAGCAGUUCCAGCUGCAGCAGCAGCAGUCGCAGCAAAAGUCGAUGGUUAUGCAACAGUCGUCGACUUCGUCCUCGGUUCAGCAGCAAUCGUCGCAGCAGUUCAUGAGCCAGGAGUUUUCCCAGCAGCAGCAAUUUUCCUCCCAGCAGAGGAUCAGCCAGCAAUCGGUUAGCCGUCAGGUUACCCAGCAAAGAGUGCAACAACAGCAUGGCGCCAUCAUUCAGCAGCAGCAGACACCGGCGAUGAUUACGUCGGCCCCACAGACACCGUCCGCGCAGCUGUACCAGCAGCAGCAAGCACCAAGCUAUCUGGUCCAGUCGCCGGGCAUUCCGGCCGAUGCUUCGCCACCGGUGUUUGAGCAGAUCUUCAAGAACUCCCGCUUCGCUCAGGGUGGCAAUGCUCUGUUUGAGGGUAAACUCAAGGGUAACCCGAAGCCUGAGGUUUCCUGGACUCGGAAAGGCGCACCACUUCUCGAGUCCGCGAAGCACAAACUCAGCUACAACCCUAGCUCCGGCCUCGUGUCGUUGCUGAUCAACCAGAUUGGCCCGGGCGAUGAGGGAGAGUACACCUGCAAAGCGAGAAACGCCGUCGGCGAAGCGAUCUGCUCGGUCUUUAUCCAGCCGGAAGGUAUGCCUGCGCCGCAGUUCCAACAGGUCAAGCGUGAACAGCAGCAACAGGUGAUCCAGCAGAAGCAGACCACCACCCAGCAGCAGUUCAGCAAUGGCUUCACACACAUGGAGGAAGAAUUCAAGGUCGAUACCUUCGAGUAUCGGCUGCUGCGGGAAGUCUCGUUCCGCGAAUCGAUUACUCGCCGCUACGGCGGAGAAACUGACGCUCAACUUAUCACCACUCUGGACCGUGCUCUUGGCCCACCGGCAGCGCCGCAAAUCAGUCAGAAACCAAGAAACUCGAAGCUAGUCGAAGGCUCCGAUGCUGUUUUCAGCACCAGAGUUAGCGCCAACCCGCGGCCAAGACUGAGCUGGUUCAAGGACGGUCAACGUAUCAUCCCGUCCAUGGACAAACACGACAUCAGCUACUCGAACCAACAGGCCACACUUCGCAUCAUCAACGCCAACGCAAAGGACUCUGGCCACUACACUCUGCUGGCCGAGAACCCACAAGGAUGCCAGGUUUCAUCGGCCAUCCUUGCCAUCGAAGCGGCUCAGGAACAAGCCAACGUGGAAAGAUCAACUCAAGAGUUUAUCGAAUCUACCGAAACUACCAAAGCUUUGACUCCGGCAUUCGUCACCUUGAUUCAGGACCAGGAAACUACCGAGGGAAAAAUGGCUCGCUUUGACUGCCGUGUCACCGGUCGUCCGUACCCGGAAGUCGCCUGGUACAUCAACGGAAAACUUGUCACCGAUGAUGCCACGCAUAAGAUUCUGGUCAACGAAUCCGGUAACCACUCGCUGAUGAUUACCAGUACCAACCGCUUAGAUCACGGCAUCGUAACCUGCGUUGCUCGUAACAAGAGCGGAGAGAUUGCUGCCCAAGCCAAACUAGUCGUUUGCGAACGCGAACAGGUCGUUGCACCCAAGUUCAUCGAACGCUUCACCACUGUCAACGUGAAGGAGGGUGAGCCAGUGCGUCUGUUUGCACGUGCCAUCGGUACUCCGAUUCCGCGCAUCACCUGGCAGAAGGACGGUGUCCCGCUGCAGGCUGGUCCGGACGUGCAAAUCCUGUGGGACGACACUGGCUCCACCACCGUUGAUAUCCCACGAGCUAAGACGUCGGACGCCGCUUGGUAUCAGUGUACCGCGCAAAACGUUGCCGGUACCACCGCUACCCGGGCUCGUCUCUUCGUCGAAACUCCGAAGGGACCAGCUCCGGAACAGCGUCGCCUCAAUCUACCGCGUCCAUCGAAGGUUAUUCAACCAGAACCCGCUCCGGAACCGGAGGUCAUCUACCUGCGCCACGUUGAACGUGCCGCUCCGCAUAUGCCACCGAAGGAGGAGGACCGCGUGUAUCCACCGCCCAAGUUUACCAUCCCGUUGAACGAUGUUGCCCAGGUCGAGGGCGGUAAGGUCCACUUCGAGGCCCGCAUCGAACCGGUCUCCGAUCCGACGAUGCACGUCCAGUGGUUCCUGAACGGAAACUUGAUUCAAGCAAGUUCCCGCGCCAACACCACGUUCCAGUUUGGCUUUGUCGCGCUGGACUUGCUCAGCAUCGUGCUGGAGGACAGCGGCGAGUACACGUGCCGCGUGUCCAGCUCAACCGGAGUUGCCGAAUCGCGUGCUAUGCUCAGCGUGCAACCCAAGCCGCCAAUCGAACAGCAGACCCAGCAUCCGUCCACGCUGGAGCACAUCCAGAACCUCGAGGACUACUCCAAGUACGCCCGCACCGAGAGUAUCGAAGAGGUGGUCAACCAGAAGCCAGCGUUCAACCGCCCAUUGCAAGAUCUGGGACAGCUGGAGGAAGGACGAAACGCUCAUUUUGAGGCUCAGAUUACCCCAGUGAGCGAUCCAACAAUGAGAGUGGAGUGGUACAAGGACGGUCGCCCAAUCACGGCCAGCUCCCGCAUUACCGCGAUCUUCAAUUUCGGCUAUGUUUCACUGAACAUCAUGCAUCUAAGAUCAGAAGAUUCCGGUACAUAUACCGUGCGUGCCGUGAAUCGCAUCGGCGAAGCGAUCAGCACUUCUACGAUUGCGGUCAUUAGCAAGGCUCCAGUUACAGGAGAUUUGGGCAUCGCUGAGCAGCAGAACUACAUUCAACAGGUUCAGCAGUUGGAGCAAUACCAAAAGUAUCAGAACCAGAAAUUCUACGAAGAAACUCCGGAGAGCACUCAGCGCCCCGAGUUCAAGACCCCAAUUGCUGACCAGCUGAACGUCCGCGAAGGAGGAUUUGCCCACUUCGAGGGUCGUUUAGAACCAGUCAGCGAUGCAACUCUACGUGUAGAGUGGUUGAAGGACGGUCAUCCGAUCGAAGCUAGCUCGCGUAUUACAACCUUCUGCAACUUUGGAUACGUUGCUCUAACCAUCAAGCAGGUUACCGUCCACGAUGUCGGUCACUACACUUGCCGUGCCUACAACUCGCUUGGAGAGGCUCACAUCACUGGCAAGCUGACGGUGGUGUCCCGCCAGGACAUUAUCGUUGACUCCCAGACUAGCCACAUGGGCAUGGAGAAGAUUCAGUACUUGGAAGACUCUUCAAGAUACUCGCGUACUACUCAGGAGGAACAGCAGGUUGUUUCUACGCAGCCACGUUUCCUGGGACCGUUGAAGGCAACCAACAAGAUCGUUGAGGGACAGCGUGCUCACUUUGAGGCACGCCUUGAACCACAGUCCGAUUUGACCAUGCGCGUCGAGUGGUACCACAAUGGACGCCCAGUGAUGACUGCCAAUCGCAUUCAGACCUAUCACGACUUCGGAUACGUCGCCAUGGAUAUCCUUGAUGUCCGCGGCGAGGAUUCUGGCACUUACACGCUGGUUGCCGCCAACGCUGCUGGACAGGCCCAGGUCGAUGCUCAGAUGAUUGUUGAAACUCGUUCUGCCAUCGAUACCACCAGCAUGCAUCACGUUGUGGAACGUACCCAGCAGAAGCAGGAAACUCAGUUCGUUGAACCGCAGUACCAGAUCGAAGAGUUGUGCAAAUCCAAGCCAAUCUUCACGCAGCUGCUGUCGGAUCCGCAACCCGUCGGCGAAGGUCGUAACAUCCAUCUGGAGUGCAAACUGGAACCGCUGGGAGAUCCCACGAUGCGCGUAGAGUGGUUCCAAAAUGGACGUCCGAUUACCGUCGGUUCUCGCUUCAAGACGUACUACGACUUUGGCUUUGUUGCCCUGGACAUUCUGCACUGCACCGCCAUCGACUCCGGCGAGUACACCGUUCGUGCGACUAACCAGCUGGGAACUUCACAUACUUCGGCUUGCGUGCGUGUUAUUACCCGCUCGGACAUCAUCACCGAAGCCCAGAGCGAUAUGUCUCACGAGCAGCUGCAGUAUCUGGAAGAUGCUUCUCGUAUGCGUCGUGAUGUGCUCGAAGAUAUCACCGUCAUGUCGCCGCCGCAAUUCAACCGUCCACUGCACAACAUUGAGACGUACGAGGGAACCAACAUUCACUUGGAGUGUCGUCUGCAGCCCGUUGGAGAUCCGUCGAUGCGAGUCGACUGGUUUGUCAACGGAGUUCCGGUUAAGAUUGGUCAUCGCUUCCGCCCGGCGUACGAGUUCGACUACGUUGCUCUUGAUCUGCUCGGUGUGUAUGCUACCGAUUCCGGUGUGUACACUUGCCAGGCCCGUAACUCUCUGGGUGAAGCUGUAACGUCUUGUUCGGUUCGUAUCGUUGCCAAGAAGGACCUGAUCAUGGAGACUCAGUACCCAGCGGGUCUCGAGAAGAUGCAGUUCCUCGAAGAUAUUUCGCGCUACCGCAAGACCGAGUUUGUUGAUGAGAUUGUCAACGUGAAGCCACGAUUCGUAACGCGCCCGAAGAACAUUGAUCGCGCUCAAGAAGGAGGUCACGCUCACUUUGAAUGCAAGCUGGAACCGGUCACCGAUCCUAACUUGAAGGUUGAGUGGUACAAGAAUGGUCAUCCAAUUACUAUUGGUCACCGUUUCCGUCCGAUUCAUGACUUUGGAUACGUCGCUCUGGAUAUCAUCGACUUGAUUGCUGAGGACUCUGGAACUUACAUGUGCCGCGCAGUUAAUUUGGUUGGCGUUGACGAAAUCGCCGUUCAAUUGAUUUGUCGUGGAUCUCAGCAGAUCCUGACCUGCUCACAGAACGAGAUGGGUCUGGAACAGAUCCAGUAUCUGGAAGAGAAAUCCAGACAAACGCGUUCCGACUUCGGAGAUGAUAUGCCUUCUCAGGCCCCAACCUUUACUACUUCUCUGAAGCACAUUGAAAUCAAGGAAGGCCAGCGUGCUCACUUUGAGUGUCGCCUGAUUCCGGUGUCGGACUCAACGCUGCGUGUCGAGUGGUAUCAUAAUGAUGCUCCGGUUAAGGCUGGAUCUCGUUUCACCGAAACCAACAACUUUGGAUUCGUCGCUCUGGAUAUCAUGGGUUGCUUGGCCGAGGAUUCCGGUACUUACACUUGCCGCGCCGUUAACGCACUGGGUGAGGCUGUCACUUCGGCAACUUGCGUUGUGCACACUCGCAAGAGCAUCUACUCGGAGUCUCAACACGAACAUGCUUUGACCAGCUUGCGUUAUCUGGAGGACAACUCGCGCUACCAGCGUGAGACCGAAGUUGAUGAAGUCGUUACCCAGGCUCCAGUGUUCACACUGCCGGUGAAGGACGUCAAGGUCGCUGAGAAUCAAGCCGUGCACUUCGAGGCUCGUCUUGUGCCAGUAGGUGAUCCGAAGAUGCGUGUCGAAUGGUUGAGAAACGGAGUUGCCAUUGAGGCGUCCAACCGUGUCACCACCAUGCAUGAUUUCGGUUAUGUUGCCCUGAACAUGAAGUACGUCAACCCUGAAGAUUCCGGAACCUACACGUGCCGCGCUACCAACGACCUUGGGCAAGCUGUUACCUCAGCCAAGCUGAUGGUCCAGUCCAAGGCCGCUCUUGACCUGGAAACCCAAAACGAAAACGCCAUGGAGAAGAUCCACCAGCUUGAAGACUCGGUUCGUUUCGCUCGCAGAGAAGAGGAAGAGUUUGUUGUCACUCAGAAGCCCAAGUUCACCACGAAGCUACAUGGCCCAACCAACUUGGUUGAACAGCAGAGCGCCCACUACGAGUGUCGCAUUGAACCGUACCCAGAUCCGAAUUUGAAGGUCGAAUGGUAUCACAAUGGACAACCGCUGACCACUGGACAUCGCUUCCGAACUACCUAUGAUUUCGGAUUCGCUGCUUUGGAUGUGCUGACCGUCUACGCUGAAGAUUCCGGAGAAUACACGUGCCGUGCUACCAAUCAACUGGGAUCUGAAACGUCGUCAAUCUCGUUGAACGUUCAGUCCAAGUCUGGUAUUGUGCGCGAGACUCAGCAUGAAGGAGCUCUGGAGAAGAUCCAGUACCUAGAGUGCGAUGCACGCUACGGACGCAAGGGUGACGAUGAACACUUUGUUGCCGAAAAGCCAGCGUUCGGUCGUCCAUUGAAGAAUGCCGCCGUCACCGAAGGUCUGCCGGUACAUUUGGAAGCCACGCUCACUCCGGUCAACGAUCCGACCAUGAAGGUCGAAUGGUACUGCAACGGACGUCCGAUUCAACAGGGACACCGUUUCAAGACCACGUACGAUUUUGGUUUCGUAGCUCUCGACAUUCUGUACGCACACGCUGAAGACACAGGUACCUACAUGUGUAAGGCGAAGAAUGCGGUUGGGGAGGCUGUCACGACAUGCGCUGUUAAAGUCACAGCAAAUGCUGGAUUAUAUUUGGAGACUUUGGAUGAACAGCGGUUGCAGAAGAUUAAGGAACUGGAGAGCUACCAGAAACCACAAACGCCGGAGGUUGAGCCAGCUAAGCAGAAGCCGGUAUUCCUCACGCCACUAACGAAUCUGGAGAACCUGAAGGAAGGUGACUACGCACAUCUGGAAUGCCGCGUCGAGCCGAUCAACGAUCCGAAUCUGAAGAUUGAGUGGUUCAUCAACGGAAAAGCCAUCCGUGCGGGACAUCGUUUCCGCACGACUCACGACUUUGGCUACGUUGCUCUGGAUAUUCUGUACGUGUACGGUGAAGAUAGCGGCACUUACAUGUGCAAGGCCACAAACAUGGUUGGCGAAGCUGUCAGCACGUGUAACAUUCGUGUGGUCAACAAGCGUAGCAUCAUUUUUGACUCGCAGCAUCCUGAUGGAUUGGAGAAGAUUCAAAAACUGGAAGCUCAAGUGCGUCCGUCGCGACUGGAACUCCAAGAACCGGAUGUCAUUGCUCCACGCUUUGUAACUGAGCUCCGUGGUACUACCGAAGUCCAGGAAGGCCAGACGGCUCACUUUGAAGCCCAGGUGGAACCGAUUCACGAUCCGAAUCUGCGCAUUGAGUUCUACCACAAUGGAAAGCCGCUGCAGUCUGCCUCGCGUUUCCAUAUCACUUUCGAUUUCGGAUACGUGGCCCUCGAUAUCCAGCACUGUGUUGCUGAAGAUGCUGGCGAGUACUCUGUGAAGGCCAUCAACGCUAAGGGUCAAUGCAAGUCUUCCAUUAACAUGAAGGUUACCGCUAAGGGAUCGAUCAUUUCCGAGACUCAACACCCAGAAGGAUUGGACAAGAUUAAGCAGCUGGAAGGAGCCGCUCCGUUCAAGCGGCCAGAAAUUCAAGAUGCCGUUACGAAGCAGCGUCCCGUGUUUACUCAGCCACUGCAGAACCUUGACUUUGUUGCUGAAGGUCAGACCGCUCACUUCGAGUGCCGCCUGAUCCCUGUUGGUGAUCCAAAUCUGAGAGUUGAAUGGUUCAGAAACGAAAAGCCGCUGGAGGAUAGCUCUCGUAUUUCCAAGCAGCACGACUUUGGAUAUGUUUCGAUGGAUCUGUCUCACGUUCGUGAAGAAGAUGAAGGAGUCUACAUGUGCCGUGCCAUCAAUCCACUUGGCGAGGCUGUCACCACUGCUUCGAUGAGAAUUCGCACAAAGGCCAGCAUUCAGAUGGACUCGCAGCACCCGGAGGGCAUGAAGAAGAUCAUUCAGCUGGAACAGCCGCAUGCUCCUCGGCCAGAGGAACAGGAAGCUGGAUUCGAAAAGCCAAUCUUUACUCAACUGCUGACUGGACCAUCGGAACUUUGGGAAGGCCAGCAUGCUCAUUUCGAGGCUCGUGUUGUCCCAGUUGGUGAUGCCAGCAUGAAGUACGAAUGGUAUGUGAACGGCGUUGAGCUCAAGUUGGGAUCACGAUUCCAUACUACGCACGACUUUGGAUUCGUUACUUUGGAUAUCAACUCGGCUGUUGCUGAAGAUUCUGGCGUUUACAUGUGCAAGGCUAUCAACAAGGCUGGAGAAGCUGUUUCGUCCACGAUGAUGAAGGUCAAGUCGAAGUCUUCGAUCGCUGGAGAGCCACUGCUGCCCGAAGCCUGGGAGAAGAUUCAGCUCAAGGAAGCUGCGAUGAACCGCGUACCAGAUAUGUUCGUCGAUACCACUCCACAGCAGGCUCCAGUUUUCACUACUCAUCUGGAAAGUCACGAUAAACUGCAGGAAAAUCAGCACGUCUAUCUGGAAGCCCAAGUCGAGCCUCGUGCCGAUCCUAACCUCAGAAUUGAAUGGUUCAAGAACGGUAUGGCCAUCACUACUGGUGCCAGAAUCCGCAGCACUUUCGAUUUCGGACUCGUCACUCUUUCUAUCAACGGACUCCGCGCUGAUGACUCUGCUAUCUACACAUGCAAAGCUACCAACAACCUUGGUGAAGCUGUAUCGACUGCUACUCUUAAGAUUGAAGGCAGCCACUGGCUGUUGGGAGACACUCUGCACCCGGCUUCCGUACAGAAGAUUUCCGAUCUGGAAGCUCCGCGUGCAGGACGAGGUGACGCACCUGAGCCGCAGUACGAGUCACCGGUGUUUGUAACCCACUUGAACAACGUGGAAUGCAAGGAAAACGAGAAUGUUCACUUCGAAUGCAACGUUGAACCGUCCAAGGAUCCGACCAUGCAAAUUGAGUGGUUCGUCAAUGGCAAGCCACUGCCUACUGGAGCCCGAUUCAAGACAACGUACGACUUUGGAUUCGUUUCGCUGGAUAUCAGCGGAGCUUAUGCUGAGGAUUCUGGUAUUUACACAUGCAAGGCUACGAACAACAAGGGAUCAGCUUCGACUUCUGGAUCGUUGAGAUGCACUAGCACCACUUCUAUGUACUUGGACACUCAGCAUCCGCAGGGUAAGGCUGGUCUGGAGGCGGUUCAAGAUACUGAAGCCGCUUUGGCCAACCGUUACAAGCGCCAGGAUUCCAAGCCGGAAGCCGCCUACCCGAAACCAACAUGGACCGUCGAGUUGCAGUCAGAGUUCCGCCUCAACGAGGCCGAAUCUCUGCACUUGGAAGGACAAGUUGAACCCAAAAACGAUCCUAACCUCAAAAUUGAGUGGUACUUUAAUGGUAAAGUUUUGGAGCACGGAUCGCGCUUCAAGAUGACCAGUGACUUUGGAUUUGUUACACUGGAUCUGACCGAGGUUUACGAACGCGACCAGGGUAUCUACACGUGCAAAGCAUACAACUAUUCCGGCGAGGCAUUCACAUCGUCCACGAUCUACUGCGUCACGAAGGAAAGCUUGAUCGAACGUACUCAGCAUCCGAAGGGAACCGAAGGCUUGGAGAAGAUUCAGGAUCUGGAAGAAUCGCUGCGCAGACAGGAAGCUGGACAAGCCGAUUCCGAUGCUGGACAUGCGCCGAAAUUCACCUCCGAAUUUGUUGCCGUUACCAACGUUGAGGGAGAGAUCGCUCACUUCGAUGCUACCCUCAUCCCGACUGGAGAUCAGUCGAUGGUGAUUGAAUGGUUCUACAACGGUAAGCAGCUGGAGGCUAGUCACCGCGUGCGUACAGUCUAUGCCUUCGGAAUGGUUGUGCUUGAGAUUUUGGGCACCAAGAUUGAAGAUUCCGGAAACUACACUUGCAAGGCCACCAACAAAUGGGGAAGUGCCGAAAUCAGCGUUCAGCUUGAGUGUGUCGACAAGUCCGCUGGUCAAAAGCCUCGUUUCACUACCCAGAUUCAGAACCUGGAGGGCUUGAAGGACGGACAGUCGGCCCACUUCGAGUGCACUCUGGUCCCAGUCAACGAUCCAGAGCUUAAGGUCGAAUGGUUCCACAAUGGCAAGCCUCUGCGUCACUCAAACCGCAUCAAGCCAGUUUCCGACUUUGGAUAUGUGCUGCUGGAUAUUGCCUACGUUCAGAGCCACGACUCGGGCGAGUAUGUUUGCCGUGCAUCGAACAAGUAUGGAGAGGACAGUACUCGUGCUACGCUGAAGUGCACUGGCAAGGGAGGAGUUUACUUAGAGUCGCUGCAACCCGAUUCAUUGGCCAGAAUUCGUGAGCUCGAGAGCCAAGCUGGCAUGAAGCCAACUGCCGCUGGAUCUCCAGUCGGAGAAGCACCACGUUUCAUCACCAAGAUUGCCGAUGUUACGAAGCUGGUCGAAGGUCAGAGCGCUCACUUUGAGGCUAGACUUACUCCAGUGACCGAUCCCGAUUUGGUUGUUGAAUGGUACUGGAAUGGACAGAAGCUGCCGCAUGGACAUCGUUACCGCACGUUCCACGACUUUGGCAUUGUUAUCCUGGAUAUUUUGUACUGCUACGAGGAGAACUCUGGAGAAUUUGAGUGCCGUGCUACCAACAAGUAUGGCUCAGACAGUACCAAGGCUACGCUGAAGUGCGUGUCGAAGGCCAAUCUGAUUCUGGAUUCGCAGCUGCCACGUGGAAUGGAAGGAGGCUUGGAGAAGAUUCAGACUCUGGAAGACUCGCUGGUUCGUACUCGCGAUGAACGUGAACGUACCGAAGGAGGACGUGCUCCAGUGUUCACCGUUCCAUUGUCGAACAUUGACAGCCUUCGUGAAGGUGAGAGCGCUCACUUUGAGGGCAAACUUACGCCGACUGACGAUCCUAAGCUCAAGGUUGAAUGGUUCUGGAAUGGCAAGCCACUCAAGACCGGAUCUCGUUUCCGUACGUUCUGCGACUUUGGAUUUGUUAUUCUGGAAAUUUCGCCUGUGUAUCCGGAAGACUCCGGUGAAUACUCGUGCCGUGCUACCAACGAGUAUGGAGAAGCUGUUACAUCGUCUACGAUGAAGGUACAGGGUAAACGUAGCAUCAUCAUGGAGUCGCAGCUGCCGAAGGGAAUGGAAGGCACUAUUGGAAGAAUUGCUGAACUUGAGGGUCUUGGAAUGCCACAUGGAGGCAUUUCUCCUGAUGAUGAUACCGGCAAGCCGCCAGAGUUCAUCACUACUCCGUCGGAUCUUACGCUUACGGAGAACUCGUUGGCUCAUUUCGAGUGCCGCCUGACUCCCAUCAACGACCCAAGCAUGCGCGUGGAAUGGUACCACAAUGGCAAGGCCUUGUGGGCCGGAUCUCGUAUCAAGACUAUCAACGACUUUGGAUUUGUUAUUCUGGAGAUUGCCGGAUGCUAUCAGCGUGAUUCUGGAUUGUACACGUGCAAAGCUACCAACAGCCACGGUGAGGCCACUGUGUCGUGCAAGUUGACUGUUCGCGGUCGCCAGGGUAUCAUCAUGGAGCCCCAGCUUCCAUCGAACUUCCGCAGUGGUACGGAGAGCAUCCAGAAACUGGAGGAGCAGCUGCACAAGCGCGAUGAGAUGAUGGCCGAUGAAGAAGAGGGACGCCCACCGAAGUUCACUGUCGAGAUCAAGGACAACGAAAACAUCGCUGAAGGUGGUCCAGUUCACUUCGACUGCCGCGUUGAACCAGUCGGAGACUCAUCUAUGAGAAUCGACUGGUACCACAACGGCAAGCCGUUCGCUACUGGCUCGCGUGUGCACAUGCUCAACGACUUUGGCUUCAUUGCGAUGGAUAUGGAUUACGCUUACGUUCGUGAUUCGGGAGUGUACGAGUGUCGUGCUACGAACAGAUGGGGAACUGCCUCGACGACUGCCAAGGUCACUGUUGUGUCCCGUGGUGGUAUUGUGCUGGAUUCUCAGUUGCCAGAGGGUAUGACCGCUUCCAAGCUGAAGGAGUUGGAACGUGGAAAGGUUACCCUGCAUACCCAGGAGGAGCGUACUUUCGGACCACCGAAGUUCGUCUCCCAGAUCCAGUCGACCACCAUCGAUGAAGGUGAAACCGUGCGUUUCGAGUGCCGUGUUGAGCCCAAGGAAGAUCCCAAGCUGCGAGUUGAAUGGUUCCGUAACGGUAAGCCACUGCCAAGCGGACAUCGCUACAGAACCAUCUACGACAUGGGCUUCGUUUCGUUGGAUAUCCUGUCGGUGUACAUCGAGGAUGCCGGUGACUACGUUUGCCGUGCUUACAACGAGCAUGGCGAAGACGUCACCAAGGCGCACGUGAGCUGCAAGAAGCUGCCGUCGAUUGUACUGCAGAACCAGAUCCCGAAAGGAAUGCAGAAGUCCGAGACGUUGAUGCAGAUGGAAGCCACGAUCAAGAAGUACACCGAGGAGAUCUUCCUCACCGAAGACGACCUGUUCGAUCCGGACCGCAAGCAGCCACCGCGCUUUGUCACCCAGAUCAAGGACCAGACCAGCCUUACCGAGAUGCAGGCCACCAAGUUCGAGUGCCAGCUGGCUCCGGUCGGCGAUCCGAACAUGAAGGUGGAGUGGUUCUACAAUGGCAAACCACUGCCGUACAAGAACCGCUUCACGCCGAUCUACGACUUUGGCUACGUUGCGAUGAACUUUGGCUGGAUCUACCCGGAGGACAGCGGCGAGUAUCUGUGCCGUGCCACCAAUCUGUACGGAAUGGACGAGACGCGUGCCACCAUCAAGACCACCGGCAAGCCGGGCAUCAUCUACGACUCCCAGCUGCCAAAGGGCAUGAAGAGUAUCCAGAAGAUUCGCGAGAUGGAAGCGCUGUGGAACUUGAAUAUUCCAGAGGUUGUCGACGAGAGCCAAAAGCCCAAGAAGGAACCUGCGUUUGUCAGCAAGCCCGAAUCCAUCGAGGUCGAGGAAGGUGAAUGGGCUCGGUUCUGCUGCCGUGUUACCGGUCAUCCGAAGCCGAGAGUUAUGUGGCUCGUCAAUGGACACACUGUUGUCAAUGGUCAACGCUAUAAGCUCACGUAUGACGGUAUGUACCACUUCGAUAUUCCGAAGACUCGGCAGUACGAUACGGGCAAGAUCGAGGUCAUCGCUCGCAGCUCUGUUGGUGAGGCCGUGGCCAGGUGUGAGCUGACGAUCACUCCACGUAAAGACGACUACCGUGGAGUGUUGAAGAACUCUCCAAGACCCUGGUACGAUUACGACCUGGUCUCCUACCAGAAGGGUCGCGUCGACACCGACCUGGAGACCACCCUGCAGGAGGAAACCAAGAAGAAGCGCAAGGGUAUCAAGGCUCAGCACCUGAAGGUCAAGGAGAAGACCGAGAGCGAAACCGAGUGGCAGAAGUCGGUCAAGAAGAAGAAGAACGACGACUACUAUAACAAGCUCGCCAAGGUUGAGAACGAACAGCUGGUGAAGGAGCAGCGGCUCCGCGAGGACAAGCACCAGUUCGCGAUCCCUGGCGAGAAGGUUGUGGGCCAGUCGUUGGCCAAGGGAAUGGCGUCCGCAUAUGAGGAGACAAUAGAUGAAUCCAAGGAGACCGAAUCGACUACGGUGGAAAAGAAGCGUGUUAUUCCGGAUCCGCUGGAGACGUCGGUUCAGGGUAAGGAAGUGCACGUAUCGCAGCAAAAGCAAACCCAGAAGGAAGUCCAUGACGAUAAGGAGAUCAUCCGCAAGAUAACGGCUACGGAAACUACGGAGGUAGAACACAAGGGAACGACCCAGGAGCGCAUUGUUGAGGGUCCGGUGAAGCCGGCUACUCCGCCAGUGUUCACCAAGAAGAUUCAACCGUGUCGUGUGUUUGAGAACGAGCAGGCCCGCUUCGAGGUCGAGUUCGAUGGAGAUCCAAUGCCAACGGUCAAUUGGUUCCGCGAGAACUUCCAGAUCAACAACUCAUCGGACUUCCAAAUUCAUACGUUCGGAACCAAGUCGGUGCUGAUCAUGCGCCAGGUGUUUAUGGAAGAUUCGGCUGUGUUUGCGGUGAUCGCGGAGAACCGUGGAGGUACUGCCAAGUGCAGUGCUAACCUGGUCGUUGAGCAACGUCGUCAGCAGGGUCGUGGUGGAGUUAUUCCGCCGAGCUUCGUCAACACGAUUUCGGAUACCAGCGUGACCGCCGGUCAGCUUGCCCGCUUCGAUGCGAAGAUCUCCGGAACGAAACCGCUUGAUGUGUACUGGUUGAAGAACGGACAGAAGAUUACGCCAAACAUUAAGUACAAGAUUCUGGAGGAGGACAACAACUACACGCUGUUGAUCAUUGAGGCGUACGCCGAAGACAACGGAAAGUACGAAUGUGUUGCCAUCAACGGGGCUGGAGAAGCCCGCUGCGAUGCCGUUUGCAACGUGGACACACCGCACACGCCAAUCAUUGAGAAGCCCGCUACCCCUGGUACGGAGCGUCCUCCGAGUCUAGUGGAACCUCUGAAGGAAAAGACCGUUCCCGAGGGUCAAUCGGUCGAGUUCCGCACACGAGUGACUGGCAAGCCAAGCCCGACCGCGCAGUGGUUCAAGGGUGACAAGCAGAUCAAGCCCUCCAAGUACUUCCAGAUGGCCAAGGACCGGGACUACUUUACGCUGAUCAUUACGGAGGCGUUCCCCGAGGACGAGGGCGAAUAUCUGUGCAUUGCGUCGAACGCGGGCGGUGAAGUGCACACCACGGCCAGCCUCAAAGUGGUCACACCCGGAAUGCAGGACGCCGCACCGAAGCUGACCGAGAUGAAGGACUGCGUGGUCGACGAGGGCGCUCCGGCCCAGUUCAAGACGCAGAUCGUCGGCAAGCCGUCCAAGGUGACGGUGCAGUGGCUGCGUGAGGGACUGCUGAUUCCGGAGUCACCCGAUUUUCAGAUGAUCACCGAGGGCAACAACGCCGUGCUGCUGAUCGGCACCACCUACGAGGAGGAUUCCGGCCUGUUCACCUGCCGGGUGACAACGUCGGCCGGCCAGGUCGAAACGUCCGCCAAACUGAUAGUCAAAAGACGUCGCAAGCAGCUGAAGCAUGUCUCUACCACAGGUGGAACCUUGGUACAGGAAGACACGAUCCAGCAGUUCCAGACGCAACAGCAACAAACAACGCAACAGAAGACGUCUCAAUUUUCCCAAAAUGGACUGUACGAGGGCAGCAGCCAGGAAGAGUACGACACCGAGUUUGUCCCACAGGGUGACGAAACUCUACCCUGGCGAAGAUCGCGAAGCUCGUCCCGAGGACCGAUCACUCCUUGGGGACGCCGCGUUUCCCAAGAUCGCCGCACGUCCCGAGACCGCUCACUGUCCGUAGACAAACGCGAAGAGGUCAAGCCAUGGACCGAGCAGGUCGUCAAGCUGAAGAAAACCACCAAGGAGGUCAAAAAGGUCGAGAAAGAAAAGAUAGAGGCUGUGCAGCUGAAACCAGCCCAAAUACAAAAGACCAAAAUUCAAAAGGAACAGCUGGAAAAGGUUGAGCUACGGUCGCUCAAAAAAGAACUCCAGACAUCGGAAAUCACCGAACAGAAAAUGGAAGAAAUGGUCGAAUCCAUCAUCAAAGAAGACGAAACGAUCGAUUACAAUGCACAAAAAUUGCGACACGAAGAAGACAUCUCCAUCCUGGAGAUCACCAAGCAGGUAGAUGAACUUAUGCGCAAGGAAACGGAAAAGGCCGUUCCCUGGCGACGAGGCAAGAAGACCGACGAAGAGCAACAAAGCAAGCAACAGUUUGUGGAAACUGAAGAGAGCACGCUGCUGAAACUCGACCGUAUCACAGAUGAUGAAACAAUCGAAAAAACCAAGCAGGAAAUCAAAGUUGAUCAGCAAGCCGGCGUUGCUUGGCGUCGUGGUGGCAAGAAAGCACCAUUCAACGAAACGGAAGAAUCAACCAUGCUGAAACUCGACCAGACCGAAGAACAACAGGAACAGGCGGCCAAACCAGAAGAACGAGCCGUUCCAUGGAAGCGAGGUCCGAAGAAGCCACAAACACAAGAAAUUGUUCAUACAGAAGAUUCUACCAAACUCGAUGUCGACCAAACAGAAACACAGGAAGAAGUUAAACCAACCGAAGAACAACCCGUCGCUUGGCGACGUGGGCCCAAAAAACCACAUCAACCAGAAGAAGUGCAGCAGGUUGUUGUGGAACCCAAACCUGAAGAACCUCAGCAACCACCAUGGAUGCGGGGUCGCAAACCGGGACCAAAAAGAGAGAUUCCGAAACCUCCGGAGCCGGAGAAACUUGAGCAAGUGACGCUGAAGCCGGCACCUAGACAGAAAAAGGAGAUUCCAAAGGAAACAAUUGAAGAGGUUUCGUUGAAACCUGUUCCGAAGAAACCGAUUGUUCAAGAAGCUGAAACAGCCGAAGCCGAAACCGUCGAAAUCAAACCAACUAAACCAAAGAAGAUGGCAGAGCUCUCUCCCCGUGAGGAACUGGAACAACUUGAGCUAGUUAAACUGGAAGAAACACCAAAGGUGAUGGAUCAAGAGCUAAGCCAACCAGUAGCAGCUGUGGAAAAGCAACCAGCACCGAUUGUUCCAGAACCAGAGCAACCAUCUUGGCGCCGUGGACGCAAAGAGAAACCUGUUGAGGAAGCUCCCGAAGAAAAGCAAUGGCCUACCGGCAAGCGACGUCCUCUACCAACAGAGCCAAAGGAGGAAGUCGUGCUCAAACCAAUUCCAAAACCACAAAAGGAGGUAGUUUCCACGCCUGAAAAGGAACCAUCCAUUAAGCCGAAGCCAACGCCAGAUGUUCCAAUCCCAGAUGAACACGAUGGCACUAUCAAAUUCAAACCGACUCCUGAGGAACCAGUACAGGAAGAAAUUUCCGAAGAAAAGCCUACAGAAGAAGAUGAAUCUCACCUGCCACCGUGGCGACGAGGCAAGAAAGCGGUUCCCAAGCGAGACAUUCCAAAGCCGCCGGAACCCGAGACGGUUGAGAAGGUAACUCUCAAGCCAACCCAGCGAAAGAAGAAAGAAAUACCGAAGGAAUCAAUCGAAGAAGUUUCACUGAAACCGAUUCCCAAGAAGGCCGAAGUGCAUGACAUUUCUCCUGAAAAGGAUGAAACGCAAGAAGUCAAGCUGCCCGCCAUAAAGAAACUCAAAGAACUGAGUCCCAAGGAAGAACUUGAAAAAUUGGAGUUGGUGUCAUUGGAACGGGUUGAAAUACCAAAAACAGAAGAACCUAUCCAACCAGUGCCUGUUGAAGAAAAACCUGCAGAGCCGGUGGCAGAAGUUGAGCAACCGUCAUGGAGACGAACAAAGAAACCAAAACCGGUAGAAGAAGAGCCGGAGGAGAAGAAAUGGCCUACCGGAAAAAGAAGGCCACUUCCAGAAGAACCAAAGGAAGAAAUCACUUUGAAACCAAUCCCUAAGAAAGAGAAGGUUGAAGAGCCUACACCGAUGAAAGAACCAAGUAUCAAACCAGCACCAAUUCCAGAUGUACAAGAAGAACCCAAAGAAGAGGAAUUGGAAAUUAAACCACCAGUAGACGAUGAAUCACAUCUACCACCAUGGCGUCGUGGUAAAAAGGCUGGUCCUAAACGAGAAAUUCCUAAACCAGCAGAGCCAGAAGCUGUUGAGCAGAUCAAGCUCAAGCCAACUCCUAAGCAAAAGAAAGAACUUCCUCAAGAGGCGCUUGAAGAGGUUACCCUGAAGCCGAUUCCGAAAAAGCCGGAAGUAGAAGAAGUUGCACCACAUGAGGCAGUAAUCAGUGAAAUUAAGGAGAUCGAAGUCACUAAACCGAAGAAAACUAAAGCUAAGAAGGAAAUUGAACCGUUAGAACUUUUGACGUUCCCUGAGGUUCCAGCAUCUGAACCAGUACAGCUGGAGGCCGUUGAAAAAAUUGUGGAAGAAAAACCACAAGAACCAGAGCCAUCACCAGAACAACCCUCGUGGCGAAGGACACCGAAACCGAAACAAGAGCCAGAGGAACCAGAAGAGAAGAAAUGGCCAACUGGAAAGCGUCGCCCCUUGCCAGAAGAACCGAAGGAGGAAGUGGUUCUGAAGCCAAUACCUAAACCUCAGAAACAAGAAGAACCGAAACCAUUGGAAGAUUUGAGCAUCAAACCAAAACCAAUUCCGGCACCCGAAGAGGAAAAACCAGAACCAACUCCAUGGCGCCGCGGCAAGAGGGAAAAACCGGUGGAAGAAGAGCCAGAAGAAAAGAAAUGGCCAACAGGCAAACGUCGACCACUGGAGGAGACUCCUGUGGAAGAAGUUGUACUGAAGCCAAUUCCAAAGCCAAAGAAGGAAGAGGAACCACAGAAACCAGAGAAGGUUACGCUGAAACCAGUAGAGAGCUGGGAAACGCCCAAGGAAUUAGAAGUAACCCCUUCCCAAACUUCGACCGUCGAAGAUCUUCCCAAACCAGCGGAAAUCCAAGAGCAACCAACUCCCUGGCGUCGUGGCAAGAAAGAAAAGCCAGUGCAGGAAGAAGAAGAAACCAAAGAGUGGCCCAAGGGUAAGCGACGCCCACUGGAAGAUCAACCGCAGGAAGAGGUAGUGUUGAAACCGAUUCCCAAACCAACGAAAGAAGAAGAACCAAAGGCGCCGGAAUCGGUGGAGUUGAAGCCGAAAGAGUCACCGUCUGAAGUGCCAGCGGAAAAACCGCAGCCAACUCCCUGGCGACGUGGUAAAAAGGAAAUUCCAAAGGAACCAGAACCCGAAGUAGUGAAACUUAAACCAACACCCAAGCAGAAAAAGGUUGACGAGACACCAAAGGAGGAGGUUGUGUUGAAACCAGUUCCUAAGCAGGAAGCUAUUAUUGAAGAUGUUUCUCAACCGAUCGAAUUGAAACCUGUCGAAGACAGGCAGGUGACGGAAGUGAAGGUUGAGGUCGAAGAGCAGAUAGUUACAAAAACGAAACGUCGCGUCAAGAAGCUCAAGAAACCACAAGAACAGUUUGCAACGGAGAAUAUUGCACUUAUGGAGGAGGCAGAAUCGUUUGACGAAAAUGAAGAGCUUCCUCAUGUGGCCGAAACAAUUGCUGAUGUUGUUCCAGAAGAGGUGCUGGAACUGAUUCCCGAAGAAAUUCCUCUGGAGAAGCCAAAGAAGCGAAAGUCACGAACCAACAAACAUGUAGUGUUCAGAGAAGAACUAAGUACCUACGAAAUUCAACCAGAACAGGUUCAAGAAGAUGAAGAGGACGAGGAACUGGAGAUUCAACAGGAAGUUUCACAAACUAGCAUCCAGCUGAAGCCGGUUGAAGUACAGGAAGUUAAGCUACAGACAGUUGAACCCGUUCCUAUGGAGGAAAUCAUAGAAGAGCAAACAGAAUUCCGAAAGGAAAUGGAAGUCAAAAUACAGUCAAAUAUCGUGAAGAAGGAAAAACGAAGAAUAUUUGUGGAUGAUAGCCAGCCUCUUCCGGAACUUGAGAUUAUUACGCAAAAACGGGUACAAGAAGUCACCGACAAGGUUGCCGAAGAAAAUGUGCGUGAGGAGCAGCGCAUCGUAGAAAGUACGCAGCAGACAAUAGCAGAGACUAAGAUACAGGAACAGAAAAUUAAAAUCAAGAAACCAAAGGUGAAACCACCAAAUAUUAUUAAAAAAUUGCAGCCGCAAAUUUGCGAACCAGACCAACCGGUUGUUUUGCAAUGCCAAAUAGAAGGUGUUCCAUUCCCUGACGUUAAAUGGUACUUCAACGAUACCGUACUAUUUGCAAACCCAGAGUAUCUGAUGAAUAUUGUUGAGGACGUUGCUACGUUGGAGAUUGCAACCGUGCAACCGUAUCACGUGGGAAUCUACACCUGCGAGGCAAAGAACGUGGCUGGAGUGGCAAUAAGCAAGGCCAACAUCGUGGUGCAGGAGAAGCCAGAGAUCGGCGAAGCACCCAUGUUUGUCGAACCAUUGAAGAUUGAGGUAAAUGAAAGUAAGACGGUUGCGAUUGUCACAUGCAAGGUACAUGGUAUUCCAAAACCGACGGUUAAGUGGUUCAAAGAAGAAGAAGAAAUCAUCGAAACGGAGGAGAUAGAAACCGUGUAUAUUGAGGAGACUGGACAUGUGAAGUUGACUGUUCAAAAUCCAAAGCAGAACUUGCCGGUCGUCUACACAAUCAUUGCUGAGAACAAGUUCGGCAAGGCUGUUGGCAAAGCUAACCUGUUCAUUCAGUCGAUUUUCUUAAAGAAGCCGAAGGUUGAAAUGAUUGCGCCUCAGAUUGUGCAGCCGCUUGAGGCCCAGGUUGUUAAAACGGGAUCAACGUUGGUGUUCGAGUGCAGGUUCACGGGAGUGCCGAAACCUACGGUGAAAUGGUUCCGAAACAGUAAGGAAAUUGUGGAGGAAGAAGAAAUUACCAUCGUAACUGAGGAGUAUUACAGCAGAAUCGUGGUGACUAAAAUCACGAAGAAGAACGUUGGAAGAUACGAAAUCGUUGUACAAAACGAAGCCGGACAGGCAAAAUCUUCGGCAACGGUGAUCAUUUCGGACACUUCUGAGAUGGAUGAAGCAAAGGCGCCACGUUUUGUGGAACCGCUGGUACCGAAGCUCGUGGCUGAGGCAGAAGUUUGCAUUUUGGAAGCCGUUGUGGAUUCCUACCCGACUUCAACGUUCCAAUGGUUCCACGAGGGAGCUGCUAUCAAGUCUUCCAACGAGCUGCGCAUCGUAACGGAUGAGAACAAAUCGAUCUUGAUUAUUGAGUCGUUCAACAAGAGAGAUGUUGGUGUCUAUACGUGCCGAGCGGAGAAUGUGGCUGGUUCUGUAAUAUCGACAGCGACCAUCCAGGUACUGGAUGCGGUCGAAACCGAAGAAGUUACAGAAUAUAUAUCACCACGUUUUAUUGAAUCGAUAAAACCGACGCGUGUUAUGGAUGGCGAGAAGCUCAUACUGGCAUGCCAAGUACAUGCGGCACCACUUCCCAAGGUCCAGUGGUACCAUAACCAACAGCAGAUCAUCGAAACCAAGGACAAGCAGAUCCACCAGGACAGUACGGGCAGAUGUGUGCUGACCAUAUCCGAGGUAUUCCCUGAGGAUACCGGUGAGUACACGUGCAUCGCGAGCAACAAACUGGGUGAAGCGGUAUGCAAGACUUCGGUGAACGUCGAGCCGUUCGAGUACGUUGCCGAUUCGGAACAGUUCCGUAGCUCAGAAGAAGAUUUGUUGACCGACAAGUCUAUCUCAACAUUGGAGGAAUAUGCCGAACCGAUAGAGUUUGCACCGCAAAUCAUCAAGGAACUGCCCCGUGCCGUCAUGACCCAAGAGCGCGAAAUGACCAAGCUGGAGGUUAAGGUUCUGGCCCAGCCUAAAGCUCAAAUCCGCUGGCUCAAGGCCAACGAGGAAAUCAUUCCAUCCGACGAGUUUCAGAUUGAGAACUUCGAAGACGGCACUUCGAUCCUGAUCAUCAACGACAUCUACCCGGAUGAUUCCGGCACAAUCUCGUUCGAGGCACACAACGCCUUGGGAGUCGCCCAAACUACCACCGAACUGGUGGUGGAAGAAAUCGUUGGAACCAAGAUGUACAGGAAGCCAGAAUGGGUGCAAUACAUGGAAGACAUGAAAGAAGCUCUUAAAGCCGCUUACGCUACGCCAUCGUUUUCGCUGGAGAUCAAGGAUUCGCGUGCCAUGCUUGGCGAGAAGGGAUACUUUGAGUGUCAUUUUGCUGGCAACCCCAAACCAGAUAUUCUGUGGUACCGCAAUGGUAAGAUCGUAAUCGCGAACGAACGAGUCAAGAUUCGAACGGAGGAGCACAGCUCAACGCUGACGAUCUAUCCGGUCGAGGUCGAGGACUUUGGAUUCUACAAGUGUCGUGCAAUGAGCGAUGCCGGCUCGUGCGAGUCGAUUGCCAAACUGAUCGAGUCCACCUCGGAGACACUCACGGAAGAGGAACGAACCCAGCUGGAAGAACUGUACGUGACGAAGCGCAACGGAAAGAAUGGCAAGAAUGGCAGCAAGAAGGUGGAAAAGGUUGAGGUAGUCGUCGAAGAGUCCGAGGAAGUGAUCAAGAAAAAGAUGGAACGAAAGAGUCUGCGCGAGCAGAAGCGUGAAGAGAAGAAACAGCAGGCCAUCGAAGAAGUGGUGAAAAAAGAGCUGGAGACUUCAGUCGAGAAGAAGGUGAAGUUCUCGCAAGAAUCGACCAGUACAUUAACUACCAGCACGACUUCCGAGUUGCAACAGGAUGUAAAAAUCACCCACGAUACCGCCACCGUCAAGUUCAAAGAACAUCGGGAAACUCUGAUCGAAGAAGUAAUUACGACGGAAACAGUCAAAGAGUUCGAACACAUGAUUAUCACCGAAAAGCUGGAUGUAUCCGACGUGGAAAGCGUCAAGCACUCGGUCCAGGUUAACGAAAUUCUGACUAACCUUAAGGCCGCAGACUUUGGACCAGGAGAGGUUCCACUUCGAGAAUUGGCCACCAUCGCAUACAUGGUUAAGCACGGAGUAACCGUAAAUGAGAUCAGCAGCUUCUACCAAUCGGAUCACUUCCCAGCUCUAAAAGCUCCGGAAUCGCAAUCGGCUUUGGUCCUUUUGCUGGAACGCGAAGGUUACGCCAGUAUCGUCACCGAGAUCCUAACGGAAACGGACAUGGACGAGGCUCAGGUUGCGGCUACCGCUGGAUUCCGAGCAUUUAUGCGUAUGAUCGAAAUGAAUCACACCAGCGUGGAGGAGAUCAUCACCCACUUCUCGCCGGAAGACUUUUUCAUGCACGAAUGGAAGCUGGAACAAGCUGACGAGAAAUUCGAGGAAACCCAAUUGAUUUCGUCUAGCGAAGUACGAACUACCGAAACGACCGUAAUGACCAAAAAGGAGCUGGAGAUCAAAGGUUUGAAAUCUUAACUUCCUCACCAUGCAACAUGCGUUUUGUAUUGAACUUUCCUGCUUCUGUAUCCUAUCUACCAAUAUGCUCUAUCUCUUUCUUUAUGCCGUUGUAUUUUGAAUUUAUUUUUAAACUGUGUUCCUAUUUUUAUCUAGUUGUUUUGGCGCUUAUUUGCUUAAAUUUAUAACCGCUAUAAAAUAUACAUCCACAGGAACAAACACGAUCGAAUAGGUUAAGCCAACUAUUUUAUUUUUUAAUAAAUCGCUAGUAUUAAAUAUGCAAA